AUGGUAAUGGCAGAACUCAAAAUCGAUAUUUCCACAACUCCAUCAUCCGUUUCCUCAUUCCCCACUCCACCACCAUCAUCUGUUCCCGAAGCAUCAAGAUGGACUGCAGCUGAAAGAAGAGAAUUCGGAACUGAUCGAACGCCAAGUGGAGAGAAAAUCAAGCGACCAAUGAAUGCUUUCAUGGUCUGGGCUCAAAUGCGACGAGCUGAAAUCACAGCAAACUCGACAAAAGUUCACAAUUCGUUGAUUUCGAAAGCUUUGGGAGUCGAAUGGAAAACGAUGAACGAUGAUCAAAAAGAGCCUUUUGUACAAAAAGCAAAAGAACUUCGAGAUGAGCUUUUCAAAGAGCACCCGAACUAUGUGUAUCGCCCAAGAAAGAGAAAACGAAAUCCUGGAGAUGGACCGUCACCAAAACACACACCGCAACCAAUUCACAGUCCUGGUGAUCACACAUCCGGAUCGGAACAGACAAGUCCAGCCUCAUCAGGGAAAUCGGAAGCCGAGCUUGGAGGACUUCCAAUCUCCCCACUUCUCCUCUAUCCAUCACUUGUUUCUUUAUUGCCUUCACUUCAAUCAUCUCCACUCCACUCAUUCACCCAAACCCUCCCCGUUCUAUCUGGACUCAAUUCAAAUCCACUGCUUCUCAAUCAACUCCUUUAUACACAAAUGCUAGCUGCUGCUUUGCCACAACGU